ACAAGGGCCAACAAUGCGUCGUUACAUUCUGACCAAGUCGAAAAGAUUAAUCAGCUCGAGCAGGAGAUACGUGAACAAACCAACCGCACGAAUGAAGCCGAGGCAAUGAUGGAGCCAUUUGUUCGGCGCCGAACCGCUCGUCUAGUGGCAAUCGCACAGGCAGAAGAAAGAUAUCGAGCUGCCAUAGAAGUCGAAAGGCAACAAAUUGAAGAGGAAGAUAUUCUUGCGGCCCAAAGAGCACGUGCUCAUGCAGCGUUGCAGAAGCGAGUGGCUGAUCCAAAGGCCCAUUGGCAAAAUGCCAUAUUGAAACGGGAUCCUAUCAGCAAAGUAACAAAACAUGAUCAAGAAAAUGUGAGACUCACCCGCGGGCCAAUGCCCAGUGCCCCGAUGGUCACCACUAGAGGUAUUAUGGAGAUAUACGACGAUGGAGAGGAGGUGCCCAUCGAUCCAGCCUUGAGAAUGCUUGAUAAUAAUUGUAUUCGAAACGAUUUUGGGCCUGUUGGUGGCCAGCUUUGA